UCCAAUCACUCGAUCAGCAGAUGCAAAGACUUGUGUUGCAAGGUCUGAAAUUUCAAGCUAGGGAUAAAGAAUUAAGAACAUCAGUAUAGAUAACUAGCCAUGUUUUUUCUGUUUUUUAAGCUUGUAAUAAUUCUUGAAGUACUAAUCAUAGCGGCGGCUAAAGAUCUCGACUUCGUGUACAAUGGUUUCGCGUCUGCUGCAUAUAUCUGGCAAGACGGCCCCGGUGGGGGAGUUGCGAUUGAUAGUAGUGUAAAGCAAGAAAUGAGUCAUACCUUCUACGCCAAGCCAGUAACCUUCAAAAAUGACUCAUCAUCCAGUUCAGAAGCUUUCUCCUUCUCUACCACUUUCGUCUUCGCUAUCAGAUCACAGUACAAAACUCUCAGUGGCCACGGACUCGCCUUUGUUAUCUCUCCAACUCUAGGACGUCCCGGAGCUCUUCCAAGCCAAUACUUGGGCCUUUUUAAUGCCGAUAACAAUGGGAAUAUGAGCAAUCAUGUUUUUGCUGUGGAGCUUGACACGAUUCAGAACACGGAGUUCAAUGAUAUCAAUGACAAUCAUGUUGGGAUCGAUAUCAACGGAUUGAUCUCUGUAAACUCAGCACCAGCAGGAUACUAUGUUAACAAUGGAAGAUCAAGGUACCUGAAGAAUUUGACCCUCAUCAGCGGUCAUCCAAUGAAAGUUUGGGUCGAAUAUGAUGGUACCCGGAAGCAAAUUAAUGUUACUUUGGCUCCAAUUGAUGGUAAGAAACCACAAGUUCCGCUCUUGUCUUUGAAAUUUGACCUUUCCCCAAUUCUUAAUCAAAUUAUGUAUGUUGGCUUUUCCGCAUCCACGGGCUCAAUCACGACAUUCCAUUAUGUUUUGGGCUGGAGCUUUAGGAUGAAUGGCCAAGCUAAAGAACUUGAUCCUUCACAACUUCCCAAUUUGCCUAGCACUAUGGUAGGAGCUAUAGAUAUACAUAAGAAAGUGUCUAAACUUCUGACCUUAGGUGUGCCUGUGAUGUCUGUGAGUUCAGUUAUGCUUGUGAUUUCUCUUGUGGUUUUUGUCAUAAGAAGGAAGAAGUAUGCAGAACUACUCGAAGAUUGGGAGCUUGAGUAUGGGCCUCAAAGGUUUAAAUACGAAGAAUUGUAUAAAGCCACUAAAGGGUUUGGAAAAAAAAUGCUCUUGGGUGUUGGGGGAUUUGGUGAGGUCUAUAGAGGUGUAUUACCAAGCUCUAAGCUUGACGUUGCUGUCAAGAGAGUUUCACAUAAAUCAAGACAGGGCAUGAAGGAAUUUGUUGCGGAAAUUGUUACCCUUGGCCGGGUUCGCCAUCGGAAUUUAGUACAACUCUUAGGGUACUGCAGGCGACAUGGUGAAUUACUUUUGGUGUAUACCUACAUGCCUAAUGGUAGCUUAGACAUGUGCCUCUACAACCAGCAGAAGAUGACACUCAAUUGGAGCCAGAGGUUUAAAAUCAUCAAGGGUGUGGCUUCAGGAUUGCUUUAUCUUCAUGAAGAGUGGGAACAAGUAGUAAUUCACAGAGAUGUGAAGCCUAGCAAUGUGCUACUAGACCAGGAUUUAAAUGGACGACUUGGAGAUUUUGGACUUGCAAAAUUAUGUGACCAUGGAACAGACCCUCAUCAAACUACUCAUGUAGCUGGCACACUUGGGUAUUUAGCCCCGGAGCAUGCAAGAACUGGCCGUGCCACCAGGAGCACAGAUGUGUUUGCUUUCGGCGUAUUUUUGCUCGAAGUUGCCUGUGGAAGAAGGCCAAUAGAGGCUCAAAGACCCGAGGAGGAUAUCAUCUUGGUUGAUUACGUUCUCUCUUGCUGGAAGAGAGGUAAUAUUCUUGAGGCAAGAGAUCAGAACUUGGGUACGGAUUUUUCAGUUGGGGAAAUGGAAUUGGUUCUGAAGCUUGCAUUGUUAUGCUCACAUUCACAGCCUACUGCCAGGCCAACCAUGCGACAAGUGAUGCAGUAUUUGGAGGGCGAUAUUGCUCUCCCGGAGUUAUCACUUGUUCGAUUUUCUUUGAGUCAUCAUUCAUCAUUUGCUCAAGAUGAAGGUUUUGAUCAGGAUGUUGAAAUGGCGCUUCAGUGUUCAUAUGUGCCAGAGUCGACUCUGCUCUCAGGUGGUCGCUGAAUCCAAAUCAAGUAUGCACUCACACCCGAACAAAGCUGAUGUUAAUUUGUGCACUGUUAUACGUGUAUACUACCAAUUACUUAGUGUUUGUUUUUUAAACAA